CUUUUGCCGGUAGGUUGCGCUUCUUCUUUUUGAAAGUGUUGCCCUCUAUUUAAUAAAUUGUGAUAUGGUGUAAACAUAAAUUCUUACAGACAUUGAGAGUUUUCUAGCCUUUCUUUCUUCUUAUUCGUGACAUCUUAAAAAAAUUAAGUUCUAGACAAAACGAUUAUAUUAUUUAAAUUCAUUUCAUUUUGUUUCAUUUCUAUUAAAGCUUGCUGAAAUGCCGCUUUUCAAAGUUCGGACUUAUAACCAUCCCAAAAAAGUUUGCAUCGAAGCUGAGAGCAUAGCUGGCCUAAUAUCCAAAGCUAUUAUCAAACUGAAAAUCACAACAAAUGAGGAGUUUCAGAUAUACUUGGAGGAUGGAACUGAAGUUGAUGAAGAUGAUAUUUUACUACAAUUAGCUACUAACUCUAACUUGAUCAAUAUACUGGUUAUUUUGCCAGUAGGGUUAGAGUGGAAUGAUUCUUUUUCUAAUCCGUUAGCAAAUUCUUCAGCUACUUCAUCAAACAGCUCAUCAUCAUCUAGAUCCAAUGGUAAAGAAGCUGAACGCGAUAAGACUGAGGUUAAUGUUAACAUUAAUCGAAAUAAAUUAGAAUUGGAAUUCCAUUCAACAUUACUUCCCAAAUUUCCAACCAGAUUGUUGGACGCAUGUAAGAAAGGUAAAGUUCCUUUAACCAAAGACCGAAAAGACAUGGUUGCAAUUGUAGCCACAUACAUGCUCCAAGAUCUUAAGGAUUCCAGUCGGGGCACUGCAUUAACUAUUAGCCGUAAACUUGUAAAAUUAUAUCCUGAUUCAUUUGAGGACAAAAUUAAUGGCAAAAGAUUAGGAUCCGGUGAAGGAUCACUUAGCAAACAAAUUUAUCAGGCUGUUAAUACUAGGAAAUCAGUUAAAAAAAGAAUAAUUAAUGAAGUCGAAACAGAAGGUGAGAAUCUGCCAGCACCUCAUCGAGAUAUUGGAUUUUAUGGGUGUGUAGAUUCUCUACCAACUUUACCUGCAUCAGAUUCUGUAGACGUCCAAGAAGGAAAGAGGAUAAAGUUAGUUGAUGUUUUUAAAAAUCCAAGUACAGAAUCAUUUGACAUGGUCAAAUUGAUGGACGAGACAUUCUCAUUACUUCGCUCGCACAUAAACGAUAAUACUGGAUCGAUAAACCCAGAAUUAUUUGAUAACUGGCCGUACUUAAAAAGCCGCGAAGUAUUAUUAAGUCAUGCAUCCAGGCUUUUGGGUAUACAAGUGCGUGAAACUUGGGAUGCACAGUUAAAUGCUAAAUAUACUUCGAUAUUGGAGUUUGUUCAAUCCUGGGAUACGGUUCGAAAUUUUAAAUUAAGAAAAACUAAAACGAAAAAUACUGAAUCUGGCAGUUCUAAACCUUCUGCGGACUAAUUAAAAAUGCAAGAGAAAUAGCAGCAACACAAAAUAAUGAUGCGCCUUUGAUAAAUAUAGUGUUUCCUAUCAUCGCAAAAUGGUUUAAAGAAGAUGUUGACCUUUUAUUUUUAACAAUUGACCAAGAUGACGAUGAUUUAGCUCUAUGUGCUAAAGCAAAAAGCUUAUGUCCUACUUUAUUAGUGAAAGGAACAUCUAUUCAUGAUAUUAAUUUAAAAAUGUUUGUAAUUCUUGAAAAGAAAAUCAUUGUCCCAGUUGCUGGAAAAUUCAAUGACGGAAUUUUAACAAUAAUGAUGUUCUACUUCAUAUUGGGAUACUCUUAUCCAGAAAAAAUUGCAAACACACUGGAAACAAUUCAACGAUUUUUCAUGAACGUCAAUCCACCGACAGGCUCCAAAUCCCAAAGAACUCAUGAUGGGAAGAAAAAACGAAUUACGCCGUAUAGCCCGAAAGUUCUCUCUUUGGCAAAAGAGAUUGAAAAUAUAAUACCAGAAGCUACCAGUACUGAGGAAGAAUAAAGGAUUCGUAUUGCGUAGUAGUU